AUGUCAACCAGCUUUGUCAUCACUCCUAGCUCCGCCAAGUUCAACGUCGCUCUGAAACCAGAAUCCGCAUCGCCUCCAAGUCUCACGCAGACCAGCAGUCCCUCGUCCAGCGACUCGACUGGUGACGACGAGAUCUCGGCCAAGAGCACCGCACGCUUUGGCGCGUCUUCUCAUCGUCGCGCAGCUGACGCUUCAAAUCCUGCCGCCGCGCUUCAGUCUAAUCCUGCCGCCACCGCUUCCGACUUUUCGCCCAGCGUCUGGGGCGAAUACCCUCAGUCCAUCAUUGACGAUAUCGACGCUGGCACGAUCAAAUCAAAGUCAGGCUUUGAAGUGAUGAACUUUGCAAGCUGGGACAACAGUCUCACAAACCUCGGCACGAAAAGCGACGCCGACCUCUCUAUGGAGAUGGACUCCACCUCGAGCACUGACUACGGCUUCUCGCCUCAGUCGGUCCAGUCUCCCGUCUCUUCUCACAACGCCAUGCAUAGUCUGACCAGCACCUCGCGAGCCAUGACUCACGACAGCCCUGAAGGCUCUGAUCGUAAGACUGGUUCUGCGCCUGGUCACCCCGCAGCCGCCGCGAGCACCUCCAGUUUUGCCGGUAGCGGCGAAGACUCUGACGCUCACGUUGCAUGGACCGGCAAAAUCUCUGACAACGACGAAGCCAUGUUUGACUCGUUCGUCCAAGCAGGCUCCUUCGGCUCGCCCGCCGUCAAGUCGGAUCCGUUCCCAGCAAACGGUACCAGCGGCCACCCUUUCACCGCGAUGAACGUCCCCGCCUCGUCGGUCUCCGCCAUGAUGCCACCAUCAGCACCGAUGAGGGUGCCACAUUCUCGUGCACCCCAUACCAACGGCAACAGCAACGGCAACGCCAGCCCCAGCGCCUCGUCAUCGCGCCGCAACUCGGGCGAGUCAUCCGAACCUAAGAAGCUGCCAGGUUCGUCCUCAGCUGCAGCACGACGAACGGGCUCGCAGACAGCCGUUCACAGCAACAACCUCGACGCCGACCUCGGCUACUCUGCUUUCGAAGUCGUCCGUCCUAACCGCGAGGGGCUCAAGGACCUCCAAGUCCACAUUAAUGGCGUUCCCAUGCAUGGCGCAAAGUCUCGUGUCGAGACCCAGAUCCGAAUGAGGAUCGAGCUAGUUCGCCCCAAGGCGAAUUCCGCUGGCGGCUGGGAACGCAUUGGCUCUUUCACACACAUCAAGCUACCUCCGCUCAGUGGCACCAAGCGCAAGUCGAAGAAGUACCAAAAGUCAGAUGUGCCUCCCGAAAAGACGCUCUUUGUCGAUGCCACCGUCGUCAAUGCCACUCCUCCCCACGAUCGCGUCCACGUCUGCAAAGGCUGUCGUCAGAGGGAGCGUAAACGCGCCCAUCGCAAGAAGGAUCCCAAGACGCCUCUUGAAAAUCGACCCACUGAAGAAGAGAUGAAGACCCUUGGCAUCGACCCAUCUUCGAUCGACGCUGUCGAGAGGACGCAGGCCCGCAUGGAGGAAGAGGAGAAAAAGCGCGUCGUUCUUUUCAACUGCGGCGACUUUGUUGACUUUGAGGAGGGAGAGGCGGUACUUCCCACCCGCAUCACCUGCUACUGUCGUCACCACAAGGAAAAGGUUGGCUUCUGCGUCAUUUUUACCAUGCGCGAUUGGCAAGGUCGGCUCAUCGCCACCGGCUCCACCCCACCUAUCAUGAUCACUGAUGACCACAAGUCGAUGGGUCAGGCUGCCCACGCCGCACAGGCUGCUGCCUCCGCCGCAGCUUCGCCUUCUGCGCCGCCCUCGCUUGGCAUUAUCAAACAGGUAAACGGCUCAAGUCCCAGAAACUCGAAUUCCAACCCGUCUCAGUCGCAAGAGGAACUGGCCAGUACCGCUACCUCGACGAGUGGCAGCGCCACUCCCAACGGCAGCAUCAACCCGGAUGCGCCUGUCAAGCACAAGAAGGAGCGCUCCAAGCCCUACGACGGCAACCGACGCCGUCGCAAUACAUCUGGUAAGGAUCUCAACAUGACGCCGUACUCUGGCACUGGUCAGAACACGCCCUCGGUGACCGCCACUUCGCCUGCCCCAACUGCCAGCAACGCUGCUGAUUUCAGCUCCUCAGACUUCUGGAAUGCCUUCGCUACUGCCGGCACAGCUCUGAACGGCCUUGGGCGUAGCAAUAGCACCAGCACUGGUACUAAGACGCCGGGCGAGGCCUCAAGCGUUGGUGGAUCCCCUGCUCCUGUCCUCCAACAGCAAGCGUUACAGCUGCCGCACCUGUCGCAACCGAUGCCGUCGCAGAUGCAAGCUCAGCUUGCUCAGCUUUCUCAAGGCUCACUGUCACCCACCACCCUCCAGACCAACCUAGCCAGCCUGCCUAACUUGGAUCUCGAGCAAUUCUUCCGCAAUGCUCAAGCAGGCGUUUCGAGCGGCGUCGACUUUGCUCAAUUGAUGGCCAUGGCCGCUGCUGCUGCCCUGCCUCCUCAUCUCCGACCCAAUGCUGGCUCAGCUGUUACCACCCCAGGCUUUGCACAAGCUCCGCCUUCCGGUCCCAAUCACAGCAUAGAGCAAGUGCCUCAGCCCAAGAUUUCGAAGCUCAUCCCAGGCGAGGGCCCUACCAGUGGCGGUAUCGAGGUCACGGUGCUUGGAGAAAACUUUACCGAGGGCAUCACUUGCGUCUUCGGAGACGUACCGGCGGCCAACACUAAGAUUUGGGCCAGUAACACGCUUGUGUGUCUGUUACCGCCGAGCUCGAGCGCCGGCCCGGUCGUUGUCAGCGUCAAGACCCCUGGACAGGUGACCCAGCCACCUCCGAUCAACGGUCCUCUGCAACUGUUUACCUACAUUGAUACCACCGACCGUGCGCUUAUGGAACUAGCACUACAGGUUGUCGGCCUUCAGAUGACUGGGCAGAUGCGCUCAGCGCGAGAGGUUGCCAUGCGCGUCGUUGGUUCUGGCGGCGGCCAACAGCCCGGCGGUGUGCCUCCUGCCUUCAACGCUGGAUGCGCUAACGGCGGCGUCAGCCAUGCUGAUGCUCGCGAAGCCAUCGCUGGACUAUUUACCAGCAGCUCUCAGAGCUUCAACUUCCAAGAUACGCUGGUGCAGUUCCUCUCUCUUCUUGAUGCCGACGUCAGCGACAUCGAGCACGCAGAGCCACGGGCCGACGCGAUACGACUGGCCAACAAACAGGGUCACACCCUUCUUCACCUGGCUACCCUCAUGGGAUUCCAUCGUCUAGUGCAGGCUCUGAUUAGCCGAGGCUGUCCGCUUGAUGCGCGCGAUCGUAAUGGAGUUACUGCGCUUCACUUCGCCGCUAUUCAGGGUCGCGUCACCAUCGCGCGCAUGCUGCUUCGUGCCGGUGCUCGAGACGACGUCGCCGAUGUCAACGGCCUCUAUGCCAUUGAUCUGGCUCGCAACCAUGACCAGGUAGACGUGGAGAUGAUGCUCGACAACACAGCCCGUACCGGACAUUGGCAGACGCGCCGACUCACUUCUCAUGCCGCCACGAGUCUCUUCUACAACGAUGACGCCGAGGACAUUGUCUCGGACGAGCUCAGCAGCGAGCCAAGCCAUUCUGAUGUUGACGACGACAACGUCAGCACCAGUUUUGACGAGUACAGCGAUGACAGCGCCUCCGUCAGUGGCGACAACGCGGACGACAACGAUUGCCGCUCCGUGUCAUCAGAGGCAGCUGACGAUCUCGAAGCACGCGAGGCUUUGUCGGAGCUUCCGGUGCCGAUCAUCGACGAGAAGGCUUCUUUCAAAGCUGCCGAUGCUCGUCUCACCGAGGAGGCUAUCAAGCUACCUGACGUGAAAACGAUCUCAUCGAAGGAGGAGGUACUCCACAACUCUGCCAACAACAAAUCCUGGUUGACAAAGGCUGGUGAUACGGGCGUUGACUGGAUGAAUCGAGCGUUCCUCCCUCAUACUGUGGCUCACAAGUUUGCUCAACUCCACAUGCCAGCUAUGCCAGCUAUGCCAGCUAUGCCUGCGAUUCCGGUCUUUCAUCUCGCUCUGCCCGCUCCCGGUUUCAUGCCGUGGUCGGGCUCUCUGCGCGCUGACCAUGCAAGCGAACAGUCUGCUGACGUGAAGGACGCCAGUACCGACAAGGGCAAGGCUCGUCUCGGCGAGGCACCGGUCGAGCAAGGCUGGGAGCAAGACGAGCGAGGUCGCCUUCUCACUUUGUGGAAGAACAUUGUCGAGGAGGGCGCCUGGGGUUUCAACCCAUUGUACUCCCCUCCCCCCACGUACGAAUCGGUUGCUGCAGCCGAAGGACAAACCCACAAAACUCCCUCUGCGGCCAAGCCCAUCUCGUCAUCCUCCGCUGCCGCUACUGAUUCACCCUCCGAAUCCAGUACACCUACUGCUGGUCCUUCGCGCAGGCCUUCGGCAAGACGACGUUCAGCCCAUGUCAUCAGCGAGAGUCCUUCCGUCUCUGCAUCAACAUCGUCAUCGGCGCAAACAUCAAAAUCGACUUCGUCGCUCCACGCCUCCGGCAAGGGCAAGACACUCGCUCAUGGCUCCACCUCGGCCGUUGCACGCCGUCGCAAAGGUCAGCUACAGCUUCGUGACGAUGCGAUGCUAGUGUGGUUCUGGAUCCCGGUGCUGCUCAUUGCCGCCAUUGUCCUACUUUUCUCCAAGAGCUCGAGUAUUUUCAGCUACGCCGACCUAUUGAGCUACCUGGAUCUCCCGGCUGUCGGCAGACGUUAA